GAAGAAUCCAACCGCGUCAAAUUACGUGUUUUGGUAAAGGAUCAUAAUCGUCAUCGUUAGACCGAGACACAUAUACAAGUCGAAAAAAUCGGCAUGUAUGUAUCGUAAAUACUAUAUCGCGAUGAGGGACGUGUGUUUAGUCAUUUUCUCUUCGAUCCGUGUAACAGCUUCGAGAUUAGCGAGUCAAAGAGAGAGCAGGGUCAUCGUGACGAUACGCGUUAUCAUGCUACUGCAAAUAGAAGAAACUUGCGAUCCGUAAAUAACACUGGGACAGUCAACUUCGAAUGGACUCGAAGGAGCAGUGGAAUUUUGAGAUGUUACUCUCGAGUGCUUGGUUUGAAGUAAUCGCGGCAGUUCUUUUGACGAUAUUGAUCUUCGUUACUAGCCAUCGGCCGGCAUGGUGGUUUUGGACAGCUACAUCUCACGAAGCUACCGCACCAACCGAAGGGAAGUUUGGAACGGUAUCCAACGUUCCAGGACCGUUUUCUUUACCGAUUUUUGGGACCAGAUGGAUAUUCUCUUGCAUCGGUCACUAUAAAUUGAACAAGAUACACGAUGCUUACAAAGAUUUGAACCAACGAUAUGGCGCGUUGUGUAAAGAAGAAGCAUUGUGGAAUUUUCCAAUGAUCUCUGUCUUCUCCCGUCAGGAUAUCGAGACUAUCAUCCGCCGAAACUCCAGGUAUCCGCUUCGUCCCCCGCAAGAGGUGAUAUCUCAUUAUCGGCGGACACGCCGGGAUCGUUACACGAAUCUCGGUUUGGUCAACGAACAAGGACAAACGUGGCACAAUCUUCGGGUAGCUCUUACAUCGGAAUUGACGGCUGCCAGUACUGUCCUUGGCUUUUUCCCGGCCCUGAAUAUCGUCGCGGAUUCGUUCAUCGAGUUGAUCCGCCGUCAAAGGGUCGGAUACAAAGUGACAGGUUUCGAAGAGCUUGCCUAUAAAAUGGGAUUGGAAAGUACCUGCACUUUGAUCCUGGGUCGACAUCUCGGUUUCUUGAAACCUGACUCGAGUAGCGAGCUUGCGAUGAGACUGGCGGAAGCUGUCAGGAUACACUUCACCGCCUCGCGGGACGCCUUUUACGGAUUGCCGCUUUGGAAAUUGUUACCAACCUGUGCGUACAAACAACUGAUAGAGAGCGAGGACGCUAUAUACAAUAUCAUUUCGGAGAUUGUCGAAACCACUAUACUGGAGAAACGAGACGACGCUAAAGACGAAUCGGUCGAGGCCGUUUUUCAAUCCAUCCUGAGACAAAAGAAUCUCGAUGUACGCGACAAGAAAGCAGCCAUUGUUGACUUUAUAGCGGCUGGUAUACACACGCUUGGAAAUACUUUGGUGUUUCUCUUCGAUUUGAUUGGGCGUAACCCAGCCGUACAGAUCAAACUUUACGAAGAAACCUACGCGUUGGCACCGGCUGGUUGCGAUUUGACCAUCGACAAUUUACGGAAAGCCAAGUAUUUGCGCGCGUGUAUCACCGAAUCUCUACGAUUGAUUCCAACGACAACUUGCAUCGCCCGCAUCUUGGACGAGCCUAUCGAACUUAGCGGUUAUCGUUUGACCGCGGGAACCGUAGUGCUUUUGCACACUUGGAUAGCAGGUUUGAACGAGGAAAAUUUCAAAGACGCCAAAAAAUAUUUGCCCGAGAGGUGGACGACACCUACCAGUCCCCAUUCGCCGUUAUUAGUCGCACCUUUCGGAGCUGGAAGGAGAAUAUGCCCGGGUAAACGAUUCGUCGAUCUCGCGUUACAGCUUAUUUUGGCAAAGAUUAUACGAGAAUUUGAGAUCAUCGUGGACGAAGAACUCGAUUUGCAAUUUGAAUUUAUUCUCGCGCCAAAAGGCCCGGUCUCCCUUGGUUUCCGCGAUCGUACUUGAAAUUCCUCAUCGAAAUCCCCAGUUUAGCUUUAUUGUUACUCUCGUUACCUAUUGUUAUUUUAUAUUCGUAAAUAAUAAUAACAAUUUCACUUGUUGUUGUAAGUAAAUUUUGUUCAAAUCGAAUUAUUUAUCGUAUUGGAAAUACUUAUUCUACGCAUUGUACAGAAAAUUUACGAGAAGGAUAGAUCUAAUAAUUAAUAUUUUAAUCGUACGCGGGUGUAAGCGCUUGAAAUUGUUUUACUUUCUUUGUUAUUUAAAUUUUUCGAUUUCUUUUCUUUUUUUACAAUGUUUUUCCAUAUAACGUGGUCACGUUGCGUUAUUAAUACAAGAAUAAUACGAUCUUGAACAUUAUGGAUGAUAGACGCAUUGGAUUGUGCAUUUAUUGUUAUUUAUCUAUGUUAUAUCGAAUAAUAUAGUAGUAAGUAGAGUAUACGUUAGGACGCGUUAGAGAGACAAGAGAUUUGUUUCAACAAUAGAAAUGUGUAGAUAAUAUAUCGAAGAUCGAAUACGAUCGAGGCGCAAUUUUUUUUUAUACUCGUUGCAUGACCGAUGAAUCAUAUGGUUGAUUCGUUACUGGAAUAAAUUACUUUUCCAUUAAAAAAAAAAUUCGCUUAUAAAAUGAAUUUUUUCCCUAUCUCUUAUCUCGAAUAAGUUUAACGAAAUUUAAUAAAAAAUUUUUCAAAUUUUAUUAGUUCAAUUAAUCGUUAUACGAAAAAUUUAAAAAAAUUUUUUCCUCUUCUUUAAAGAUAUUAUAAAAUUCUUUUUUUUCGAACAAUUGUUAUGCAAUGUUUAUUCGUUUAUUUAUUAUUCGUUAUCGAUAACAUUCGCGCGCAGCGAAAUUAAUUAUUAGUAACUUUCUAUGAUAUAUGCGCAUGCAAUUUUAUUAUCGAUACAUUAGCUAGAAUAUAUUAUAAAUUAUAGGACGUUUCGCGCAGCUUUCACAAAAUAUAGACAAAGAUGAUUAUAAGUUAUAUUUUUGCAUUGUUUUGUUGCUCGUAAUUCAACGAUGAUUUCGAAUUAUGAAUUAUGAAGUACGUGUUUAACAUUUUAACGAACAUGGUAUUCGAGUUGCACGUUUCGAAGCGUGAUGCUUAUUUGAUUUUUCGACCAUGAUUUUCAACCAGCCCGUCCAGAAGAUAUUCGUAUUUUAUAACGUUUCUUUUUCUAUCAACAUAAAUUUCGUUAUCGAAAUCGAAUGUUCUUCUUCUUCUUCGAAUAAAUGCUAUUACACUUAAUAUACGCACAUCAUAUUCCAACGAAAUAUGAAUUCGAAAUGAUCUUAAGAUGAUUGUAUCGCAGCUCGUUAAAUGCCCUUUAAAACCAUGUCUUUUGU